AAAAGACACUGAGGCUCAACGGCACUUUAGUACUCACUGUAUAUGCCGCCACAAACACUUCACAUGUGGAGCACACAGAGCACAUGAGACUAGCAGGCCGUGAAAUGUUAUUCAAUGAGGACAAAAUGGAGCAAGUCAACUGGAACAAGGUGGUUGGGAAAUAAAAGGACUUGAUGACGUCAGCAGAACGGGAUCGAUACAUGUCAGAAAUUGUGCCCCCUGAAGUGAGACCUAAACCUGUCGUCCCAGCUAAGCCCUCUCAUGUGGCCCCGCAUUCUAGUGGUCCCUUUGUGCCUUCACCCCAAGGAACAGGGGGUGAAGGGCGGGGAUCUGCAUUGCUUGGAUACAUUGGAAUAGACACCAUCAUCGAGCAGAUGCGGAAGAAGACCAUGAAGACAGGCUUUGACUUCAACAUCAUGGUGGUUGGUCAGAGUGGUCUUGGGAAGUCUACUUUAGUGAAUACUCUCUUUAAGUCACAGGUGAGCAGGAGGACCACAAGCUGGAGCCGUGAUGAGAAGAUCCCAAAGACUGUGGAGAUUAAAGCUGUAUCUCAUGUGAUUGAGGAAGGAGGGGUGAAGAUGAAGUUAACAGUCGUUGACACACCAGGUUUUGGGGACCAAAUCAACAAUGAAAAUUGCUGGGAGCCCAUAUCCAAAUACAUCAAUGAACAAUAUGAGAAAUUUUUGAAGGAAGAAGUCAACAUUGCUCGCAAGAAACGCAUCCCUGAUACCAGAGUGCACUGCUGCUUGUACUUCAUAUCUCCAACUGGACACUCGCUUCGCCAGUUGGAUAUUGAGUUCAUGAAACAUCUGAGUCGUGUGGUCAACAUCAUUCCUGUCAUAGCCAAGUCUGACACACUCACUCUUGAUGAGAAAACUGAAUUUAAACAGAGGGUGAGGAAGGAGCUGGAAGCGUGUGGGAUUGAGUGUUAUCCACAGAAGGAGUUUGAUGAAGACAUGGAGGAUAAGAGUGAUAAUGAUAAGAUCAGGGAGGCAAUGCCCUUUGCAGUGGUAGGAAGUGAUAAAGAGUACCAGGUCAAUGGCAAACGAGUUUUGGGCAGGAAGACAGCCUGGGGAGUGGUGGAGGUUGAAAACCCAAAUCACUGCGAAUUCUCCUUACUCCGUGAUUUCAUGAUUAGGUCCCACCUCCAGGACCUGAAGGAGGUCACUCAUAACAUCCACUAUGAGACGUACCGUGCCAAGAGGCUCAACGAUAACGGAGGUCUGCACCCCAUCACCUCCUCUGGCCAAGACACACAAGAAAGCAACCUGUGAGGAAACAAAUGAGCGGCAUAGUAAGGAUUCAAGAGAAGACUAGGAUUCAUCUUGUAGUAAUUCAGCUGUGCAUGCUCAGAUGAUUUCAUCGCUGUGGAGGUUUUGUUCUUAUGCUCCUUUUAACCCUUUGUGGAACUGGUCAUCAUCUCUUGUUGCACAACCUUUGCAAAUUAGAAAAAGCCUUUCCCCUUCCCUGGCUCUGCUGACUUUAGUGAGUGAGUUUGCUCUUGAUAAUCCUUUUCAGCUCUAAUAUGAUGGUACAUAGCCUUGUGCACAAGCAUUUGUAAUUGGAAAUUGCCCAGCAUUGGCAUGUCUGUCCUCUACUGGAACCUCUGUUAGACACAUUUGAGCAGUUUUAUAUUGUUAGAAGGAGAAUCGCACUGCCACUGCAGCCUGCAGCUCAAUGGGCCUUAUUUAUUAAAACAUUUAGCACACUUUUAGUACCUAUGCCAAUUAAACAUACUCAAGUUACGAGUAACAUGCAAGUGUUUUAAUAAGUAUUUCAUCUCUUUGGCCCUAUAAGGGUACAGCAGUGUUUCUCUAAGUACAUUAGAUUCUGUAGUACUACCGUCGUUUACCCUUUGCUGUGUAACUCUGCCAAAGCAAGUCUCUGAAGUGACCACUGAAGUAUAUUCCUACAGAUCAUUCCAAACAGGUGCAACAGUUUAAAUGCACGCCAGGAUUUACAGUGGCUAAUGUGUUUAAAUAGCUUCAGGAGGAAACCGAAAGAACACUGAUUAAAAACGAUCAGUGCCUUUAACAAAUCAAGAGUUGUAGUUUUGAGGUUUUUCUUCAGCACAUUUUGUAUGGACACACCCCAUGUUUGUGCAAACGAGUAUAAAAAUUACAAAGCUUUCUCAGCAUUUUGCAUAUGGUAACAGUGAUCAAAAACAGUGAACAGUCUUAUUAUGUGAUGGAAUUAUUAUUUUUUCUUUUCAUUUCCCAUGUGUGCCAACAUUUCCAAAUGUGUGUUUAUGUGUAAUUCUACAUUCCAUCACUUCACAGAUUGAUACAUUAUGUAUGUAGGAAUUCUAUACAUACUGAACCUAAAUCAGUUCACCAAUCAUUCAUGUUUUUCAUAUCACGUUUAAUUAAUGCCAUUGUGGAAUAAUAAAACACCUCUGAAAAAUAAUUAUGAAACAUUAUUUAUAUUGUAUUUAUGUUUUAUUUAUUGUGAUUCUUAUGUUUUAAUUUAAUAAACAUGUUUGCCAUAA